AUGACCUCUGAGGAAUUGAAGUUAGAAGGGGAAACCUUUCCAUCCUUGGAGUUAGCUGUGAAUGAUACUGUUAAAGGCUCUGCUAAUGCUGCUGCUGGUGGUGGUGGUGGUAACAUUAAUAAUAAUGUUAGUGAGGGUGGUAGGCAACACAUUGGGAAGAAGAGGGUGCUUGGUUGA